AUGAGUACUGAUAAAAUUGAACGACCGAGUUAUUGGAAUUGCGAUGGCUGUAAUAGAAUCAUUUUUGAUGGUGAAUUUCGUUUUAAUUGUACUGUCUGUGAUGAUUAUAAUUACUGUGAAACAUGUGCAAUGACGAUACGUCCAUCGCAUCCUCAUCAAAUGACAAGUGAAUUGGCAUAUGGACCGGCAAAGAAUAGUGAAUGGAGACCAAUGAAUAUGAUAAAUGGUAUUCAAAGAGCAUUUUAUAUUUAUAGUAAUCGUUAUUGUAUGGGUAUUAGAAAUUUUGAUAAAACAAAUCCUUCAAUAUAUACGAAUUCAUAUUCAUGGAUGACAUAUAAAACUGUAGGUGAUCGAACAAAAAAUUUUGGUCAUGGCCUACGACGUUUAAUUGAACCACGUGGUUAUCUUAGUAUUUGUGCAGCAAAUCGACCUGAAUGGAUAAUUACUGAUUUUGCAUGCAUACUUCAGAAUAUUAUCACUGUUCCAAUUUAUUGUUUGUUUAAUGAUCAUGAAAUUGCUUAUAUUAUUAAUAAUACUCAAGCGUCUGUAGUAGUUUGUGAUAAACAAAUGCUAUCUAGAUUUAUUCGAUUGAGUGUAGAAUGUCUAUCACUUCGUCAUGUCGUAUGUAUGGAUUCUAUUUCCGAUACAAUGUUAGGUAAGUGUUAG